CAUUUUUAUCAAAAUUUAAAAGCUAAGCUAAAAGCCUAAAACAUAAUAAGCAAAAAAGUUAACAAUGACGAGCCCAAAGAAAAUCGGGAUUCCUUGGCCGGAAUUCAACGACGGUCUUUCCUAUCACGACGUCGUUCGACCCUCCGACACCGGUUUAACACUAAUUGAAUUUUACUCCAACAAGUACAAAAGUUCAGCUCCAUUACAAGGUUGGUUGCAGCGUAUAAAAAAUGACCAGAUUUCAGUUGAUGAAGGAGUUGUUACUGAUCCAAACACACUCCUCAGAGUUGGCUCAAAGCUAGUCUAUCAUAGACUUCCGUGGAAGGAACCCGAUGCACCGCACACCAUAGAAGUCUUGUAUGAAGAUAAUGACAUUAUAGCUCUAAAUAAGCCUUCUGGCCUGCAAGUUCUGCCGGGAGGUCUCUUCCAGCAAAGAACAGUUUUAACACAGCUUCAGUGGGAAACCAACAAUAAAAGUACCUCUGAAGAACACCAAAAUCCUCAGCCUGUUCCAGUGCAUCGUCUAGGGAGGGGAACUUCAGGAAUUUUAUUAUGUGCAAAGACAAAACUGGCCAGAGCUAAUCUUGCAUCUUAUUUUGCUGAUGGAACAUCUCGCCUAGGAGGAAAAAGGGAUACAAACCAGGAGCUGGGGAAGAUUGUAAAGAUAUACCGAGCACUUGUGAGUGGGAUAAUUGAUAAUGACACGGUGACAAUUAAUCAACCAAUUGGAAUUGUAAAAUAUCCUGGUGUUGCUAAGGGGUUAUAUGUUGCUUCUCAAUCAGGGAAACCAGCACUCAGUGUAGUGGACAUUCUAGAAAGGAAUGUAAAAGAAAAUAGCACAUUAGUACAGGUGAAGAUUCAAUCUGGACGACCACAUCAAAUCCGCAUUCAUCUCUCUUUCAUAGGGCAUCCUUUGUUAGGUGAUCCUCUCUAUACUGUUGGCGGGCAGCCAAAAUGCUUGGAUUUCGACUUCGUGGAUGAGAGUUUUGCUAAAGAUGGGGGUUAUACAAGGCCUGCAAAACCAGUUCCUGGAGAUUGUGGGUAUUCUCUACAUGCACAUAAAUUGUUUCUCUCCCAUCCAAUAAUUAACGAGUUAAUCGAAAUUAAUGCGCCCCUUCCUUCCAUCCUCCAAACACAUGAAGAAACACCUAUUGUGCAGAGACAACUGCUUUAUUGACAAUGGUAUGAUUAUUGAAAGAUGCUAUACGCUUGGAAGACAAUUUUGACUCAAUUUUGCAAAAUGUGAACGAACUUUGACUCAAUUUUGAUAACGAGGCAAAUAUGAUUGAGUAACCUAUUUUUAAAAUCUCCAGUUUUCACUAAGGGCAAUAGUGUUGAAAAUUAACUAUUGGUCUGCCACCUGUGAAAAUAAAGGAAGGCAGCAUGGGAAAAAUCGAAAAAGUCAUUGCUUUCUUCGCCAUACUUAUGGCCUAACUUCAAUACAAUCUAUUUUUAAAGUGGGUCCCUCGCACUCUUUAAUUACUUUGAGGAAUACAGGGAAAAUUUACCAGCGCAGAGCCUGUUGAUGAAUGUCAAAUAAUCGUAAUCUAUUUAAUCACU